GUCGCGACGUGCAAAUUGCUACUAAGACAAUUGAACCUUCUUUACUCAUUCCGGCGUCACCAAUUUCUCUUCACGAUCGCACUCGGCCUGUUACAAAUAUUUUACGGGAUAUUCAACGCAAGCCAGACCUAAUCCAAAUUAUUCUCGUUCGGAGAAAAUAAUAGUUGCAUUAUUGCAUCAUCCACCAUGGAGACUGUCGAGUCCGAUCAGACCCCUUUCGCAGCCGUUACGGCCCAGACUUCCAAGAUCCAGCGACAAUAUCAAGUCCUAUUAGAUCGAUCAACACCAUUUGUCUUGCAACGAUGGAUUGGCACAGGUGUAUUUCUGGGCAUCUUCUUUCUUCGCAUCGUCUUCGCACAAGGCUGGUACAUUGUGGCGUAUGCUCUGGGGAUUUACCUUCUUAAUCUCUUCCUGGCUUUCCUCCAGCCCAAGUUCGACCCUUCGAACGAGCUUUUAGACAAUGAGAUGGAAGAUGGAUCAGCUGGUGGCCUGCCCACGAAGCAGGACGAGGAAUUCCGACCAUUUAUUCGACGACUACCCGAGUUUAAGUUCUGGCACGAGGCCACCCGCGCUAUCACCAUCGCCUUCACGUGCAGUUGGUUCGAGAUCUUCGACGUUCCCGUCUUCUGGCCUGUGUUAGUUAUGUAUUGGAUCAUUCUCUUCGUCUUGACCAUGCGCAAGCAAAUCCAGCAUAUGAUUAAGUACCGAUAUGUCCCAUUCUCAUUCGGCAAGGCGAAGUAUGGUAAAAGCAGUACUUCAUAAGUAUAUGUUUACGAGUAUGAUUUGAUCACGCCGGGGUUAAUCAGGGCAACGCUGGGAAAGGCUACUGAAAGGGUCUAGACUACAAGUGUAGACAAUUUCGGUAUAUUUUGAAGUCUACCUUUAUUAAGGUGGUGUAUGCUAGGGAUUGACUUGUACAAAUUACGUUACAGGCUUUUUGUAUUGAGGUACACAGGAGCUGGGGUUCUGAGGUACGGAGUAAUGUUGUGAGCAUCCGAAUUGAUGCUGGUUGACCUUGGGGGGUAGAACGAGGAAUGAGGAUAGCAUGGAAGCGGACCAGGCGCAGGUUUGACUCUUCCGGAUCAUCAUCAUCAUCAUUAGACAUUGUACUGAAGAACAAUAAUAAUCAGCCUUAAAAUUCGAGUAGGGCAUGAGUGGCA